AUCGAUUUAGAAUUAACCGAAGAGCAUAUUGCACUAAAGAAAACCGUAAAGGAAUUUUGCGACGGCGAAAUCGCGCCUUAUAUCAAAGAAUGGGACGAAAAAUCACAUUUCGAGCGUUCGGUCUUCGACAAAAUGGCUGAACUCGGACUUCUCGGCGUUUGUAUUCCCGAAGAAUACGGCGGCGCGGGAUUUGACUACGUUUCGCUCGGACUCGUCUGCGAAGAGCUCGAAGCCUGCGACACGUUUAUGCGCGUGGCAAUGAGCGUUCACGUCGGGCUUAACUCUCUGAGCUUGCUGACUUGGGGAACGGAAGAGCAAAAACAAAAAUAUCUCGUUCCGCAAGCGAAGGGCGAAAAAUUGGCGACUUUCGGUUUGACCGAACCGAACGCGGGAAGCGAUGUCGUCGGGAUGCGUUCGUAUGCGCGGCGCGACGGCGACGAUUGGAUUUUGAACGGCGAAAAGAUGUGGAUUUCGCUCGGCGACGUUGCCGAUCAUUUUCUUUUCUUCUGCUGGACUGAUGCCGAAAAACAAAAGAACCGCGAUCAUUCGGGCAUUUCGUGUUUUAUCGUCGAACGUUCGAUGACGGGCUUUUCGUCGGGAACAUUGCACGGAAAACUCGGAAUCAAAGCUGGAAACACAGGAUAUUUUUCGCUUCAAGACGUGCGCGUGUCCCAAGCGAAUAUGCUCGGACAAGAAGGCGAAGGAUUCAAGAUUGCGAUGUUUUCGCUUGAAAACGGACGUUAUACCGUCGCAGCAGGUGCAACGGGCGUGAUUCGUGCGGCGCGUGACGCUUCGGUUGCGUAUGCGAAUACACGAGAAGUGCAAGGGCAGACGAUUGCUAAUUUCCAAUUGGUCAAACAAAAAAUCGCCGAAAUGGAAGCCGAUUAUGAAAUGACGCAUCUUUUGUGGUUGAAAUGCGGUUAUCUGAAAAAUAACGGAAUGCCGUCUGCAAAAGCCGCAUCUUUGGCGAAAUGGCAAGCCACGACGCGUUCGGAAAAAGCCGCUUCGAUGGCAAUCGAAGUUCACGGUGCAAACGGUUAUACGAACGAUUAUCCCGUCGAACGCUAUUUGCGAAACUGCAAAGCCGCCGUUAUUUACGAAGGAACACGCGACAUUCACACGCUGAUGCAGGCA